AUGACCUAUAACCCUGGUCCUCAAGGGCCUAGUGGACAUUCCAUCCAGGGACCACCGGGGAGUGAUGGUGAAAAGGGAGAAAAGGGAGAUGUUGGGUUACCAGGACCUCAGGGUGUUGGUGGAUCUCCUGGCGGACCAGGAAGAGAUGGACCAGUUGGACAGAGGGGCCUGCCUGGGAAGGAUGGACCACAAGGACAGCAGGGUACUACAGGGCCCGUGGGCAGUCCUGGAGCCCCCGGGGCCCCUGGUGGAAGUGGCUCUCCUGGACCGCUGGGAGACCAGGGAACACCUGGCUCUGCUGGUACCAAAGGAGACAAGGGUGAACGGGGAGACCUGCAGUCUCAAGCUACCGUCAGGGCCUUAGCACGCCAAGUGUGUGAGCAACUGAUUCAGAGUCACCUGUCUCGCUACAGCUCCAUCCUGAACCAGAUCCCCAGCCAGUCAGUGUCUGUGAGGACGGUACCGGGACCUCCAGGAGAGCCCGGUCGCAGGGGUCUGCCAGGGCCACAGGGAGAGGGGGGGCCCACAGGCAGACCAGGGUUCCCUGGGACCAACGGACAGGAUGGACGACCGGGGGAGAGAGGUCUCCCAGGAGAGAAGGGGGAGAGGGGGAGUCAAGGUGUGGGGACACAGGGCCCCAGAGGUCCCCCAGGACCACCAGGUCUUCUAGGAGAGGGGCGUACAGGCAGCCAAGGCCCCGCCGGUAGACCAGGCAGCCAGGGUACCCCAGGGCGACCAGGCACCCCUGGAUCCACGGGCCCUGCUGGUGCUGCUGGCUACUGCGACCAGAACUCCUGUUUGGGUUACAACGUUGGAGGAGGACAGGAACAGGAAUAUGAGAAUGACUACUGAGCAACAUUCUCUUAGUUCCAGACACCCUCUCCUCUCCUACCUCCCUCCCUCUCCUCUCCCAUCAGACACCAUCUCCUACCUCCCUCCCUCCCCUCCUCCCUUCUGCCGCACAAAAAUAGUCCAUCAGCCACCCUCUCCCCUCCCCUCAUAAAGAGACCAUCAGCCACCCUCUCCCCCCUACACCCCAUAAAGACACCAUCAGCCACCCUCUCCUCUCCCCACAGAAAGAGACCAUCAGCCACCCCUCUCCCCUCCCCACAGAAAGAGACCAUCAGCCACCCUCUCCCCUCCCCACAUAAAGAGACCAUCAGCCACCCUCUCCUCUACCCACAUAAAGACACCAUCAGCCACUCUCUCCUCUCUCCUCUCCCCACAUGGAGACCAUCAGCCACCCUCUCCUCCUCUCCUGGAGACCAUCAGCCACCCUCUCCUCUCCCCACAUAAAGAGACCAUCAGCCACCCUCUCCUCUCCCCUCAUAAAGAGACCAUCAGCCACCCCCCUCCCUCUCCCCACAUGGAGACCA